AUGGACGACGACCCGGCUGCCACCCAGGCCCGGGACAAGGAGGCACUCAGGAACCUCGCCAACGAACUCCUGGACCUCGAGGGUGAACGAGACUUUCGACAAGCCAUCGCCGAAUCUCUCGCCGACGGGAAUCCGCGAGACUACGAGAAGGCUCUUCGAGAAUACGAUUCGGCUGCGAAGACGAUUGAAAGCAAGACACUCGAGAAGCAGCGACUGGAACAGCGGAUUCGGGCGGCCAAGAACUUUGCGCGACAGUCAACGAGAGACGCUACAUUCGGAGAAGACGCAAACAUGAGAGCGGCUAGGGACCGCUGGGGAGUUGAUUCUUCAAGUGAAGAAGUCAGCCAUAGUGUACGAGCAACUGGCCUGCCAAAGAUGGAAGGACGGUCAGAAGUCUGA